AAUAAUGAAUAGGUGGGUUGAGAGAGAUUCCUGAUUUUGGAUUUUUCUUUUUGGUAGCAAUUAACCACCCCUGUUCCUUCUGGCAUGGGGACCCCCAAAGACUCCUACCAUACCUUUUUCAGCCCUCUCCAUUACCGGCGGUGAGAUCUUGCAGCUCAGGUUGCUAUGACCCAAGGAAGAGCAGGAGAGGCAGUAGGAUGGCACCUUUUCAAAGGUGCAGGGAAACAAGAAUUCCUGAUUGUUCAUUUUAACAUGGAUGGAGGAGGGGAGAGAGGGGUGCCAAGUAGGAAGAAAAGCUGGUCCAGCUUUCUUUUGCUCCUUCCCACCAGAGCGAAACGUAAUUUCAAGGCAAGGUGGUUGGAUUCCUCUGCGUUGAAGGAAAUAGAAUGAUUGCCCCUUACCUUUCCUAGAACCUGUCCCAAGAGCUUGUCUGAUGGAGGCACCAGUUUGGAGAACAGUUUCCUUUUUUCUGUAGUUUUUAAAUUUAUAUGGUUGGAUGAAUGACCUAAACCAUUUGUAUUAGAAUAUGAGAAUUUAUUACUCGUCGGAGUUCUAGCUGGAAAACCAGAGAAUUCCGGUGACUUUCUCACUCUA